AUGCUGUUGCGAGGAUGUGUGGAUGAGAAUCCAGGGAUGGAACCCCAAUUCUACCAGCGCUUGUUCGAUUCCUGGGCCGUCUUGGUCGACUUCUUCCACGCGGGAGGGAAGGGAAUCUCGAUGGAACAACUCGAGACUACCCCACAGCAUAUGGACCUGACUCGUAUCCUCUCACUGAACCAGACACCGACCGAGCAUCUGAUCGAAAAGUAUUACAAGGAGUUGUUGAAGCAGCAGAAUGAAGUGACCGAUUGUAAAUACGGGAUUCUCAACUUACGUGCCUACUACAAUGCCAAGUCACAGACGCUGAGGUUGGAUGUAAUCGGAGCGAAGCAAGUGAUUCCGCUGGACACUAAUGGGUUGUCGGAUCCAUUUGUGGUUAUCGAAUUGGUGCCCAGGGCCAAAUUCUCAUCGCAACCGGUUUUGAAGACGAAGGUCAUGCCGAAGACGUUGAACCCGAUCUUUGAUGAGACGUUUGAAUUCCACAUCCCUCAAAAAGUCCCACCGGGCGCCCUGCUCCACUUCACCGUGAUGGACCACGAUUAUCUGAGGUCGAAUGACUUUGCCGGGGAGGCGUAUUUGGAGUUGAUUGAUGUGCCUGGAUUCUCACCAACUACUGCACCAACGACGCUUCGGCAAUUCAAUCUGGUUUUGAUUCAUCCCGUCAAUAAUUGCAAAGACGUCUUCCAAGUCCUCGACAGUCGAAAAGAAGACAAAGAAGCCCAAGACUUCCUCCGGAACGUCCAGCUGAAUUAU